AAAAAAAAAACAACAACAACAACAUGAAGUAUCUUUGGCCGCUCGCCAUCCUUCUCGCCUCGCCCCAUCAGUUGAAUUAGAAAGCCGACAAAGCGCCGGGCGAACCGAGCCUUAUGGCGAGCUUGUCGUAUCUCGUGCUCCGGUUUUCGGGUUCCGCCGGCCGGACGUACGAAGUGUUUUCCAAAGGCUUGACGAGGACCCUGUUGAUAUUUUUUGAACUGGCGUGGCGACUGAGGAUCAGAUUUCCUUACAUCUAUGUCAUUGCUUCAAUGGUGUUUAAUGUCAGAUUACAGGUUCACAUUGAAAUCCACUGAGACCACCGCACCGGCACUUUGGACUUAUAUUAAUGAAGAGCGAGCGCCGCCGUGUCCCCGCCGUCGAAAGACAGCGGCUGACUCAGCGAUGUCCAAGAAGAGGACACUUGAUCCUGCAUUGAACUGGUGGGCCGGUGCAAUAAAACCACACAGCUGAUUGUUCCUGCAGUCGUACCGACCCGGUGCCUUUGAGGGUGAAGGGCAGCAGGGAUGUCUGCAGAUGUGAGGUGGAGAAUGAGGCCUUGAUGAUCCAGGAGCCGUUUUGUGAAGAUUUUUACUCAACCUUUUUUUCCCCCCACCCUCUGAGGAUUUUACAUCAACAGCGUGAACUUAAUCUGAGCGCCAGUGAUUGAUGCUGUUUAUCUCUGUGUUUAUUCCUCACUCUGUUGCAUCUCACAACCAAAACCUGGAUGAAAUUCACUUUYUUUUGAAGAGAGGAAAAAGUCUCCCCAGCCUGACAGAAAUGAGCCUGUUUUUGUUUCGGUCUCCUGCGCUUCGGACACUUGGAGGUUAGCGAUCCAAACGGUACGACUUCUUUCCAUCAGCACAGCUGAUCCAACUGGAAAUCUCACAAACACAGGAAAAGAAAAGAAAUCUCUGCAUGUCUUUUGUGUUGAACUUCACACCGUUUCUGCAUAUUUGUAGCACUGAUGUGGUUUUUUCAAAACAAAAAGUUACCUGAAACUCUUUUUUCAGCUGUAAUUCUUUCAAAGUUUACAAAAAAAAAAAAAACCUGAGUGUUGGGAGUUUUGUAGUCGUCAAGCUGACAGUGAGAAUGAAUUUAAUCUGGAAGAAAUAAAUAAUAAUAAAGAAAUGAUAAAUCUCUACA